AUGGCUGAAAAGGCGCUAGAAGAGAUGCUGGAGCUGGUCAAAUGUCCUGUUUGUUGGGUGAGUCCCCGGGACGCGCACCAAUGCCCAAAAUGCUCAAAAGCCUUCUGCUACGGCUGUAUCAAAGUCUCCCUGAGCCACAACGGCAAAUGUCCCUAUUGUAGAAGCCCAACAGAGACUGAAAAUCUCGUCCGGUGCCCGUGGCUGAAUGAUGUUUGUCAAAUGGCGGCAAAAGCUGGCGAAUCUUUACGAAAAUGCGCAGUUCAUCAUGACAAAUAUAUGACGCACUUUGAUACAAUAAACAAAAAGCCAGCUUGCGAGCUGUGCGUGUCAGAAAUUCCAAAAUCUAACCUCAACAAACACACGAUUCGAUCGUUGGACGAAGCAGCCCAGGAGAAAGAGAAAAACAUCCACGAUGAAAUCAAGAACAUCGAAAAAGAGACGCAAAACUACUGGAACAAUCAACUCAAGAUGAAGCGAAGAAUAUCCGACUUUACGCAAAAUCAAAAGGAUAUUUGCCUCGAGCUGCGGCGGAACCUGGACGAUCAAAUAAAAAUCCUCCAGCAGCAUAUGAGCGCAACCGCCAAUGCGCUCAAUGAGAUCAAAGUCCUGAUUCCUAAGAAACUGGCAUCAGAAGUGACCGACGCAUCAAAGAACAAAGUGUUCGAAUUUCUGACGGGCGAGUGGGCUGACUCGUCUGAAACGACGGACAAUGAUGCGACCUUUGUGUUGAAAAUUGAUGACAUAAGACAACUCGAGCUGGAGACGUCUCCCAGGCAUUCAAAAACGAUGCGAGUUGGCGACAGAGACUGGUAUGUCGAUGUUGGACUGUUGAAUCAGCACCGCGUCGGCGGUUGGGAAGGGGACGAUGUUGAACACUUGUCGGUGAUUAUUUGGCAAGAGGAGAGCACGAGGGGAACGAUGUCCCCGCCAAUGUCGGCUUUAAUCGUUGCGAAAGAUGCUUCAAAUGACUUAUUAGAACUCGUUUUGUUCGACAAAUUCAACGACUUGCGUGGCUUUGGCCGUCGAUUAUUCCUUUCCAUGGAUCAAUUGCUCAGUAGCGGAACGACCAAGCUCGAAAUCGAAGUCCUCCUUGGUCGAAGAUCUCCUGCUUUUUCCCUCAGACUUUUGCGCAAAAUGACGCAAAUAGCAAAAGAAGCGGACAAACGCAUGCGUGAGAUUUGCUCGGAGACAAAGAGUGUUUUCCAACACGCGAAUCAGAAGAUACUAGAUAUCAUUCGAGAGAUCAGAGGAAACGACCUAAAUCUGAUCGCUACGUCCCUCCAACUUCAGCUGAAAGAAGACUAUGACAGCUCAGGAGAAGAAGGUCAAAGUUCUGGGCUGACAAAGCUUCCAAGCUCCUCGUCCUCUUUGUCCCUGCGCCACAGAAACUUUGCCACCACAGGAACAAAGAGACAAUUCCCGAAGCUAAACAUUCGCUUGCAAGAAGAGUCUGACGCGGCGAAAACUGGGUCUACUGAAGAGUUAAGUCUGGCUGAGCUGGAUGAGCGACUUGAGCGCGCUACGACUUCUACAGUGGGAUCUACAAGCUCCUCGUCAGAGCCGAGCACGAAGCGUACUAGAGGAAGGAGAAAGCGAAAGAACUGA